CAGAUCAUGAAUAUGACAAUGGGGACACUAUGCAAUUGAAAGAUGCUGCUUCAGCUGCUCGAGCAGCUGCAGAGUCUGCUGAGAGAGCAGCAUCUGCUGCCAAUGCUCCAGCUGAUUUUGCCAAUAAGAACAACCACCCAUUUGAUGAAGUCGAAGAUUGCAAAGAUUCAGCUCAUGAAUACACUCAUCCCCGCAAGAGGCAGUCAAUGAGCAACUCAAGCAGACCAUCCAGGAAAGAACACACAGAUGCCUUUGAUGAACUAAAACCCCACGGAGGGAAAGCAUCCAGCACAGGAAGCUUCAGCGGAACGAACCACGUGGAAGACACAGUUAACUAUCCUGCGGAUUUGGACACUAGGAAGACACGCAGAAGGAACAGCCGUGCUGCUCGGAAGGUGCACUCAGAGAUUAAGUUUGAUGAUUCUGAGGGACUGUAUUCAGAGUCAGAGGAUGAAAAUGAUGUGGAGAUACAGUCGGUAGAAAGACCACUACCUCCUACGAGAGAGCCUUUUUCAGAAAACCGUCACUCUGAAGAGGAAGGGCCAGAUAAUGAUUUCCCUGAGCUGCCAAAGGCAAACCAUCAAUCUCGUGUUCAUCCAAAUAUGCCUCUCGACUACGAAACUCUCACUGCACGCUUUGAGGCGCUCAAGAUCGGCAAGCUUCCGUAGUGCAACACGAAGAGCAGGCUCACUAUGUUACAUUCUCUCUUAAUGCUUCUGUACAACAACAUAUCACAUAUUAGUAGGUUAUAGUGCGUCUCCUAGAGUAUUUGAUUUUGGCUUAGGUCAAGGAUUUGCCGAAUCAAACUAUUGCAGCAUUUGUAUUGUUCUGGUAAAUGUAGACCAUUUGAAAUGACAAAUCCAACUGUUUCUGCGAUCUGCGCAGGGCAAGUCCUUGUAAAAUGACCAAAUACAUGACAUGGUGCAAACAA